AAUAAUUUUAAGGAUUGCUGUCGACUGGACUGUUAAACUUGGGUGUAUAAAAAACCGGGUUCAUUUCGGUUAUGUCGAAAUUUCUGUUAUGAGAACAGGGGCAAGACGAAUUUCAAGUUCGAAAAGUGAGAGUGUGUAGCGUGGUAGUGAAAAAGUGUGAGUGUGUAGCAACUUGAAAAUAAUUUCUUGAACGUGUAACGGCUGGAUUAGUUUCUAUGAUAAUUAUUUAAAUGUAUUCGAGUUUCAGUUGAGUCGUAACUUGUAGGUCUUUUUAUUUCGAUAUGGAUAUCGAUAUCAAAAAAUCAAAAGUCGACUUUCUCGUCACUAUUGUAAAAUAGUACACCGGCUGUAUACUGAAAAUUGAACUAUUUGUUGAUACAUAUAAUUAUUUGGAAACUAUAUUAUUGAAAGUGGUAAAAUUGCAAUAAAUAACUCUUAAAUUUUUAUUAAAGUUGUGAAGGAAGAAAAUAAGCAAAAUGAUAAGCGACGUGCAAUUGGCUAUAUUUUCCAAUGUUUUGGGUGUUUUCCUAUUCCUUUUAGUGGUAGCUUACCAUUAUAUCUCGGCCAAUUCUAACAAUAUAGCAAAGACAAAAUAAAAAUAUGCUGCAUUAAACAAACAAUUCCAUUAUAUUUAUUAAAAUAAAAAUUUAAACACAAAAUAAAUGAGUCAAUUGUAAA